AUGGCCAUCACCAAGAUUCACGCCCGCUCCGUCUACGACUCCCGUGGUAACCCCACCGUCGAGGUCGACCUCGUCAGCGAGACCGGCCUUCACCGUGCCAUUGUCCCCUCGGGCGCCUCCACCGGCUCCCACGAGGCCUGCGAGCUUCGCGAUGGUGACAAGUCCAAGUGGGGUGGCAAGGGCGUCACCAAGGCCGUCUCCAACGUCAACGACAUCAUUGCCCCUGCUUUGAUCAAGGAGAACAUUGAUGUCAAGGACCAGUCCGCCGUCGAUGCCUUCUUGAACAAACUCGAUGGAACCAAGAACAAGGAGAAGCUCGGUGCCAAUGCCAUCCUCGGUGUCUCCAUGGCCGUCGCAAAGGCUGCCGCCGCCGAGAAGGGUGUCCCACUCUACGCUCACAUCUCCGACCUCGCUGGCACCAAGAAGCCCUACGUCCUCCCCGUCCCCUUCCAGAACGUCCUCAACGGCGGAUCCCACGCCGGUGGACGCCUCGCCUUCCAGGAGUUCAUGAUCGUGCCCUCAGAAGCCCCUACCUUCUCCGAGGCCAUGCGUCAAGGUGCUGAGGUGUACCAGAAGCUCAAGGGCCUUGCCAAGAAGAAGUACGGCCAGUCUGCUGGCAACGUCGGUGACGAGGGUGGUGUCGCUCCCGAUAUUCAGACCCCCGAGGAGGCUCUCGACCUCAUCAUGGCUGCUAUUGAGGAGGCCGGAUACACUGGCAAGAUCAAGAUUGCCAUGGAUGUAGCUUCAAGCGAAUUUUACAAGACCGAGGAGAAGAAGUACGACCUGGACUUCAAGAACCCCGACAGCGACAAGAGCAAGUGGCUCUCCUACGAGCAGCUCGCCGACCUCUACAAGUCCCUUGCCGAGAAGUACCCCAUUGUCAGCAUUGAGGACCCCUUCGCCGAGGAUGACUGGGAGGCUUGGAGCUACUUCUUCAAGACCUCCGACUUCCAGAUUGUUGGUGAUGACUUGACUGUCACAAACCCCGAGUUCAUCAAGAAGGCCAUCGAGCUCAAGUCCUGCAACGCCCUCCUCCUCAAGGUUAACCAGAUCGGCACCAUCUCCGAGGCUAUCCAGGCUGCCAAGGAUGCUUUCGGUGCUGGCUGGGGCGUGAUGGUUUCUCACCGCUCCGGAGAGACUGAAGAUGUCACCAUUGCCGACAUCGUCGUCGGUCUCCGAAGCGGACAGAUCAAGACCGGCGCUCCUGCACGAUCAGAACGUUUGGCCAAGCUCAACCAGAUCCUCCGAAUUGAGGAGGAGCUCGGCUCCAACGCCAUCUACGCCGGCCAAAACUUCAGGACCGCUGUCAACUUGUAA